CACGCUGAAGAGAUCCUUGGAUGUUUUCAAGCAACAGGUAGACAAUGUGGGGCAAGGUCACAUCCAGCUGGCGCAAACCCUGCGGGAGGAAGCAAAGAAAAUGGAAGACUUCCGGGAAAAGCAAAAACAGCAUCGGAAAAAGAUAGAGAUGAUAAUGGAGGCGAUUCACAAAAACAGGAAUUUGCAGUACAAGAAGACCACGGAGGCCAAGCGGCUCUACGAGCAGCGCUGCAGGGAGAAGGAUGAGGCAGAACAGGCUGUGCACCGCAACGCAAACCUGGUGACGCAGAAGCAGCAGGAGAAGCUAUUCCUGAAGCUGGCCCAGACGAAAUCGGCUCUGGAGGACUCUGACCGGAGUUACCAGCAGAACGUUAUGAUGCUGGAGAAGAUCCGGGAAGAAUGGGUGAAAGAGCACAUCAAAGCUUGCGAGUUCUUUGAGACUCAGGAGUGCGAGCGGAUCAACUACUUCCGCAACGCCCUCUGGCUUCACGUCAACCAACUUUCCCAGGACUGUGUCCAGAACGACGAGAAAUACGAGGAAAUCCGCAAGAGUUUAGAGAAGUGCAGCAUUGAGAAGGAUAUUGAAUUUUUUGUAAAUUUACGCAAAACUGGAAGUUUGGCUCCAGCUCCUGUUGUUUAUGAGAACUACUAUAACACACAGAGGAAUGCCACUCCUGUGAGAAGUCCGGUUCCUGUGCCUAUAUCAAGGAGGGGACCUCUACCCACCCCGAUCAGCGCGCCGGGUGAGCCUGAUUACACCACAGUUGAUGGCUACAGCUUGAUACAUCACUAA